CUGCAGACAGCUCAAUCCACUGCUGUAAACCCGGACCCACGUUCAGGAGGAGGUUCUGGUAGCGGAGGCAAAGUGUUGGCUGUGACUACAUGCCAGGAAAAUGAUGCAAGAGCAGCUGUGGGAGUUAUGACAGAUCUCCACCAGAGAUGAACACGUCAGUGCGUGAAAUCCACACCUCGUCGGAGCCUGACUCCUCCUACUUCCUGCGUGUGGACUGGAGGGGGCGGGGCUUGGGUUCAGGCUUCCAGUUGCUGCUGACGGAUGGACGGGACGCCUGGAGAGGAGACGUGAGCGAGGCAGCAGUGUGUGAGGAGGCAGAGGAGCUGGAGAUGGAGACCCAGAGGUACAUCCAGGACCUCCAGCAGGCGCUGACCGAGACAGAAAGCUCUUCGACGUACAGCUUCAGCCUGACGCCGUCGCCACCCGACCACCGCUCCGCCGUCACGCUGGCGUACGAGAAGGUUCAGAAGGACAUCUCUUUCAGGUUGGGUUCUGUUUUGCUGAUGGCCGUCACAGAGCCGGCGGAGGCUGUGAGGGAGUUACUGAUCCACAGUCUGCAGAGGGGAAACUCACUGGAGCACCACAACCAGAAACUGGAGGAGGAAAACCAAAGACUGAGACGAGAGCAGCGACGCAUCACUGCAGAACUGAAGCGCUAUGCGGGUGGUAAAGAAGCCCUGGAGGCAGAGCUGUACUCUCGCUUUGUCCUGGUCCUGAAUGAGAAGAAAGCCAAGAUCCGCAGUCUGCAGGAAACCGUCACACACCUACAGGAGACGAGGAGUUCUGAUGGACAGAAGAAGGAGGAUCCAGUGAAAUCAGACCGAUCAGCAGGUCAGGAGGAGGACGAAUAUGGAGGAAGUACUGACGAAGAGGCAGAGGAAGAGCAGUCGACUCCAGCCUCUCUACCCACCCGAGCGUCUUCCCGUUGCUGGCUUCAGUCGCAGUGUUCCUCUGCUCUUUGAUCCCUGGAGAACGUGCUGAUUUGCUGGUGGAGAGCCAUCAUCUGCCCCUCUGUUGUUCCACACACUUGUUAUCCUCACGUUUAAGGACAGAGGCAGAGAGGAGAGGCGAUGAAAGCAGAGUCAGACAGCUGAAAGAGGGGAGACACGAGCAGAUGUUGGCGAGAUGCCGGCCGCCGUCUCUGGCGCUCAAACAGAACAAGAAUGACAUGUAGGAAAAAAUCCCUUCAAAACUGCUGUGAGUUACGUAAUUAUCCCAAAUGUUAGACAUUAAACUGGAUAUCUCCUUUACUGCUCACCUGGAUGUGCAUCAUUUCAACCACAACAAUGACUAUGUUCAACAGUUAAAGUCAGAAUUUAACCAUAUAAACGAAACCUCUCGCCGGCAGAUGUUUCUUUACAUUGUCCUGAUAAAUCAGUCUCAGUCUGACUCAAUUUGAAUACCCUUUUUCAAUUAUUAUGGUUUAUUGACUUACAUAACCUUUUUAGCUGACGUUUUACAGAUUUUAUGGAUUUGAGUCAUUUCAAGAUACUCCAAGAAAGAUAAAAAUGCCAAUGUGGGUUAAAACACUGAUUUUACACAUAAAGAGUAUCGAAACAGUUGUAUAAUGUCUGUUUAAACUUAAGAAGACGUACAUUUUAAUACAUUGGAGCUGCAUUUUAGACUCAAGGAAGCUCAGUUAUUGGUGCGAAUGUUCAGACGUAAUAUUUCUUCAAAUGUCAUUUUGUCAUUGACUUGUGUCACCUGUGCUGUGGUUGUGCAUAAGAAUAUAGAAACCCUCAAAAUGAUCAAAAUCAGCCCACUGGGAGUUGACAUGUGGCCACUUCUGGUUUAAACAGUCAUUGGAAAUGGAUUCAACAUCCUCAAAAACCCCAAAAAAGUCUCCAAAUCAGCCAAGCAGUAGCAUAAUAUUGUCCAUAUAGGUGAUUAAUGCUAAUUAAUGCUAAUUAUACUGAUUGCCCAACAUAUACAAGUUAGCAUCUGGCAGUUUCUACAUGCUGGGGACUUUUGCGGUUUGAAGAGCGAUCAGAUGUGGUAGUUUUAAAUUAAAACGUAAACACAGUGAAACAGAGAUAAUACCAAUAAUGAUUCUUCCUCAUCGCUACUUUUAUUUUGGUAAGUAUGUUCUUUUUUUGGCUGAAGCAGAAACUUCCUCCCUCGUCUCUCAUCAGACCGCCGCUAUAGUGUCAUUAAAAUGCAUUUAUACUCUCUCACUUUGAGUUUUACGCUGACU